GGUUUGUAAAAUCGAAUAUGAAGAAUAUGUCGAUUCUUACGAAAGAUUCAGUCAAAAGUUUCUAAUACAAUUGUGUGGUAUGGAGGAACAUAAAAAUGUUGAAAUAGAGUUAGAGAAUAUAUUAUGAUUUAACCUUAUAAUGGAGGUUGUUGAAUUACCUGAAGAAGUUCCUGCAAGAAGUCAAUUUACUGUCGAUGAUUUGGACAUAGAAAUUUUACCACUGAUUUAUGAAAUCAUUCGAAGUGUAGAAAAAGAUCCUCACGAUACAACACAAAAAGCAAAAGAGUCUCAAGAUACUAGUCAUAAGAUUUUGGAGCUACAGAAAAAGUUGGAUUCCACAAGAGCACAGAUAAAGAGAUUGCCAGGAAUCGAAUACAGCAAAGAGGAGCAACUCCAAAAGUUAGAAACUCUACGCAAACAGCUCAGACUGAAACGUGAACUUCUCUUGAAGUAUCGUAAUAUGUGCACAUUUGAGGUGCCCAAAGUAUAAAGUGUUAAAAAAAAAUUAGCAGACUUCGUUCCCACACAAAAAUCAGCAUGGUUUUACGCUUCAUUUUACGAUACUUGGCAAAUAACGAACGUGUCAUCGAUAAAUUGGCCGAAUCGAAACCCGUGAGACGUGCUGCCCGAUUCGUAGUGUACCUAUUGAGUCGUACAAGUACAAUUAGUGGUGCACAUCGACUUCCUUCAGAUCCGAAAGAAUUGGGAAAGCAAUUGAAGGAUAUCGCUCAACGAUUCUCAGCAAAUUUGAAGGACGAGAUUCAGGACGCUAAAGAGGAAUUAAAGAAGAGAAAGACAAAAUAGCCAAAAUUGCUAGUCCCAAUGUAGCAUUUAAUUAGUUUCAGGUAAAAAGCUGGCAAUUCGUCUAAUGUCUCCAAUAAAUUUCUUUUGAUUGCUUCUGAAA